AACAGUGACAGUGUAGGUUACGCAGAUAGGUACAUGGGUACUAGGUAACAAGUUUUAGGUAGGUAGGUACUGAAAAAAUAAUAAAACUUACUACAAUGUCAGACUCUUCAGAAGAUGAGGACCUUUCUCGAUUUCGUGAAGCCGUGGAUACUUCUUUUACAAAGCUUAUAAAUGAUUCUCGAAACAAAACUUUAGCAACCAACGAAAAAGAAAAACCAAAGUCUGAGAGAUAUCUAGAGGAAGCCAGCCACUACAAUGAUGUGAAAGUACCAGAAGAACUACAGAGACAGAUUGGAUAUAAACUUUCAGAUGUAAUUAAAAGACAUAUUAAGUUUGUUGAUACAGAACCUUAUGGAGUCAAAAAUGGCAAGAUCAAAGGUGGAGUGAAACUGUUUAAAGAUUCAGUUGGUUUCUUAUCCGCCGAAGAUCCUAAGGACACGUACACCGCUGUCCACAACGCGGAGUCUAGGAAAAUUAAAAAGAAAAGGAAACAAAUCGAGCAAGAUGAUGUUAAUGAAAAUGAUAAAAUAAAGGUAGUAACAGUUGAUGGGGAGUAUGUAUUAUCAAAAGAAGAGACCAAACAUUGGAAAUCAAGGCGGAAAGAGAAGGUCUUCAAAUACAAAAAGAAUGGAAAUAUAUUGACAGCGGUAGAGUAAAUUGUUAGGUAUAUUUUUUUUUAGAAGAAAAGUUUGUCGUUUAUCGCAAUUGUAUAUUAAUUAAGAAAUAAAAGACAAUAUAAACA